UCGCCUGUCGGCUCUUUAACGCAUGUGAGCAGCUGGCAAACCCGUGUUCUCUCUCUGCGUUGAGUUAUUAGGAAGGUCAUCGCCAAAACCGGCCGCUUCAUCUCCGCGCCAGACACUAAUUAACCCUCAGCUGAGCCAUGCCUUCAGUACCUUCUGACUCAGACACUGCCACUCUGGCUCCUGUCUGCCCCCACGCCGCUAAGAAGAUGGCGCUCCUGAAUGGGGAAGGGAUCAGGGUGGCGGCCAACGCCUCUACUUAUACGAAGGGAGAAAACGGUCACAGUGUUGAAAAUGGUUCGACUAACAUGACCAAGAAACUGGAGAACGGAGAGCAGGUUGAGAAUGGAAAGGAGGGCGUCAAGGAAAGGAAGUGGAUUCGUCCAGAUCUGGUCAGCAAAUGCACUUGGAGCCUCGGUGAGCCGAACAAGGAUUCCCCACACAUGCAUUCUCAGCGGAUGAAAGUCCCCAGCAUUCUGCCCAACAUCCUGGGAAGGAUUGGGGACACCCCGAUGGUCCGCAUCAACAAGAUCCCAAAAACUUUUGGACUGAAGUGUGAGAUCUUGGCUAAGUGUGAGUUCUUUAACGCUGGAGGCAGUGUGAAGGACCGUAUCAGUCUGCGUAUGGUGGAAGAUGCAGAGAAAGCUGGAAUCCUCAAACCUGGAGACACCAUCAUCGAGCCCACCUCUGGAAACACAGGGAUUGGUCUGGCUCUGGCUGCAGCAGUAAAAGGCUACCGCUGCAUCAUUGUCAUGCCUGAGAAGAUGAGUAUGGAGAAGGUGGACGUCCUGCGUGCUCUUGGUGCUGAGAUUGUUCGGACUCCGACUUCAGCUCGCUUUGACUCUCCCGAGUCUCAUGUGGGCGUGGCCUGGCGUCUGAAGAACGAAAUCCCCAAUGCUCACAUUCUGGAUCAGUACCGCAAUCCCAGCAACCCCCUGGCUCACUACGACACCACCGCCGAGGAGAUCCUGGAGCAGUGUGACGGUAAAAUAGACAUGCUGGUGGCUGGAGCUGGCACAGGCGGCACCAUCACUGGCAUUGCCCGUAAGCUGAAGGAAAAAUGCCCCAACAUCAAGAUUGUCGGUGUGGAUCCUGAGGGCUCAAUCCUGGCCGAGCCAGAGGAGCUCAAUAAGACUAAUAAGACCCUCUAUGAGGUGGAGGGCAUUGGAUAUGACUUCAUCCCCACCGUACUGGACAGAUCUGUUGUGGACAGCUGGUACAAGUCCAACGAUGAUGAGUCCUUCGCCAUGUCGCGCAUGCUGAUCCGUGACGAAGGCUUACUGUGUGGUGGUAGUUCGGGCUCAGCCAUGGCGGCAGCGGUGAAGGUGGCUAAUGAGCUGAAAGAGGGCCAGCGCUGCGUGGUCAUUCUGCCAGACUCCAUCCGCAACUACAUGUCCAAAUUCCUCAGUGACAAGUGGAUGUGUGAGAAAGGCUUCAUCAGAGAGGAAGACCUGAUGGUGAAUAAACCAUGGUGGUGGAAUCUGACUCUUCAGGAGUUGCGUCUGUCUGCUCCUCUGACCGUUCUGCCCUCGGUCAACAUUAAAAACACCAUUAAGAUCCUGAAGGAGAAGGCUUUUGACCAGGCCCCAGUAGUUGAUGAGGCUGGGGUGAUUCUGGGUAUGGUCACACUGGGCAACAUGCUCUCGUCUGUGCUCGCCGGGAAGGUCAGUCCUGCCGAUCCUGUCAUCAAAGUGCUCUACAAGCAGUUCAAACAGGUUCGUCUCACAGAUAACCUGGGCAAACUCUCCCGUAUCCUGGAGACAGACCAUUUCGCCCUGGUGGUGCACGAUCAAAUCCAGUACAUGACUGAUGGUUCGUCCACUUUGAAGCAGAUGGUUUUUGGCAUCGUCACAGCCAUCGACCUGCUGAACUACGUGACCAGUCGUGAGAGGAGGGAGCGAACACUGUCCGAAUGCUCACUCCCAGACGAGCUGUAACUGCUUUGUGACCAACACCUAGAAAACACAGCCACGACUGAGAAGAUGAUGCAUAUCAUAUAGAUAUGAAAGGCUAUUUUAGUUACUUAAAUUGUUGUUUUCUUUUUUUUUCCAUUUUUCUUUUCAUUUAAAAACUUGAUGAUUUUACUGUUAAUAGAAAUCAGAUCAGUGCUCUUUAUGCAGACGCUAUUACUCUGUCUUUGGCAAAGAAUUGCUUUUAAAUUGAGUUCGGUUUAAUUCAGUUGUUGUCUUUUAGGGUCUUAUUCGCAGUGAAGUACAGCUGUGCAGGUUUGUCUUUACCAGAUUUUAUGAGAUGUAUAUAAUUGAAAUGAUGAAAUGAUGCAAGGCAUGCUUUGUCUUGACUUUAUGAUAACUUAUAUUUUUCUGUUUUAAUGCUGCUAUUUUCCAUCUUCUGCUUUUAAGAAUGACCGUCCUCUAGUAGGACUGAUUUUGGCAAUCAUUUAGGGGUCAUACUGCCACCUUGUGACUAUAAGGGGUCACUGCAGAAUAGUCUGCUUUCUACAAUCAUGCUUAGAUUUCUCAAGCCUGUUGAUCUUGGCGGGUUGUUACAAAUGACUGAAGGUCACUAAGAGUCGAGGUGAAGCACAGUUAUGUUCAGCAAAAUAAACAGCUCUCAGUCAGACAGACUAAUAGUAUUAACUGUUUUCUGGCAGUGAAAGCUGGUGUGCUGGUGAAUGAGUGUAAAUAAUUAUGCACCACGAUCCUGUCUACAGCGACCUUGAUAGUUUUGAUGUUUAUUCUGUUCUUCUGAUUGUUUUUUUGUAAAUUUAAUCUGAAUGUAAGAUUGAAAGUGGUUAAGGUGCAGAAUGUUGGAGCAACAGAAUGUUGUAUCAGUCCAGAAAGGGUCUUUAUUUUAGACUUGUUUUCAUCAUUUGAUGAGUUUCUUUUCUGUUUUUUGAUAUGUUGAAUGCUAAAUAAAUGUGCUCUAGUUUUCAAUAACA